AUGCGUUCUUCAUCGUUUCUCUGGGCCCUAGGCGCGAGCGUCCUUGCGCACGCCCAUGGUAUCCGGGUCGAACGCUCAGAGAAUCGCCUUAUCAAGAGACCCGCUUCACCAGAUGACGUCUCCUCAUCCUCCAUCGAUUCAGUGUGGCAUGCAAAACUACAAGACGAUGGACUCGUGAAGUUGGACUUCCACCGGUUGAUCCAGCGUCAAGACAGCAGUUCAGCGGAUACCGGCACUUCAGCAGACGCUAAGAGCACGUCAACCAAAGAUACCUCAGUGGCUUCUACCACUAAAGAUGAAGCUACGACGACAGCUGAGGAUAAAAGUACCACGCUCGAAACAACUGCGUCGACGAUAGAUGCAUCAACUACUGAAGAAAGCUCCGUGUCAUCGAUAACCAGCACCUCAACCUCAACCUCAAGCAUAGCAUCAUCGACAAGCACGACCUCAACCUCCACGGAACCCGGCGCCUCCUGCUACAGCACGACCGUCAAGAGCAGCACCAUCUGCGAAACGACCGGAAUGACCACAUUGACAUGUUAUGCCGCGAAUAUUACUUCGAGCACCUGUUCACCGGGUCUUCUAUGCACGACACAGUCAAGCAACGGAGUUACGAUCUGCAUGGAACUUCAGAAUGAAGUUGGUACAGCUGGUAUUAUCAUCGCUUCUGUUUUCUCAGCACUUAUACUCAUUUGUGCUUGUACCCUUAUUACCAUGUGUUAUAGGGAUAAGAGCAAGCAGAGGAGGCAGGAGGAGUUGAGACGAGUGAGAUCGGUCAAGAUUGCCGAGAGGGCUACUCUGUUGCAACGUGCGCAGUAG